UAGUAUAUUGUUUAAUUUUGAUCUGUUUUACUGUUCUCCUUUGUUCUCUUUUACUGAACUCUUCUUUGAAACAGAAUGGAAACAUCACAACAGACAGCUGCCGGAAAAGCUUCUUGGAGUGGGAAGCUGUCCGUUUCGAAGUUGACAAAUUAUGCCAGGAGGACCACUUUGACUGCCCAGCAUGCAGCCCAGACAUGCUUGCAGUAUAAGUUGAUGGAAACCGUAAGCACUACAGAUUCAAGAGUGCAGCUAGAUCGGAGGAAAAAGCCAUCUUUGAUGGCGUGUUCAUCACGAAUGAUGAUGACGUCACAAGAUUCGUGGACUAUGUCCAUACCUCAACCAGUCAUGUCUCUGGAAGAGGUGUCUGUGGAGGGCAAUGGUCAGCGUCCUCAGGAAAAACAGACGAGGAGGGCCUGGAACAUGCUGUUUGACAUCAUGGGGUUCUCCUUCGUGCCCUCAAUAUGUUCAGGGACGAAAUUUUUGCCUACCCCCUGUACCUCCAAAAGCAAAUGGCCUGUAAGCCAGUUACAUUUUUUGCAAUGGAUGUGGCAUGCAAGUACUGGCCUUACCUCCAGAGAGCGACAGAGAAAUGCCCUGAGCUUCAGGAUCUCCUCACCAUGAGGCCAUUUCUUUCUGUUUUUCAUGCCAAAGCUCAUGAUUUCAAAUGUGAGGUAAAAUUGAGUGGAGCAUAUAAGGAGGAGGCUGGUUCGACUCUUGGGGAACAGGUGGAACAGUGCAAAGCCUUCCUCUCGAGGAUUGCUGUUACGACAAAGCACAUGUCAAAAGCAGGAUGCAUAGACAUGCUGACGAUCAUGGCCAUGCGCUGGAACCAACAAAAGUUUGACAACUUGGCUUCUACCCUUGCCCUCCGAUAUCGGAAGGCCACAAUAGCCCUGAAAUGCCAGUGGCAUAACCUGGAGGCCAUGAAAACGGAAAUGGACGUCUCCGACAAUCAACUGGAGAGGUGGAUCAUUGAUAUCAAUGAGUUGGCAGAAUCGAGGCAUGACAGAUUUUACUCUGUAGAUCUAAGGACAAAGAGGAAGGCGUUCGACAUUGUGUUGGCAGUAAGGAGACUUGAGGAGAAGAGGAUUCUUUUUGCAGAGAUGAACAAGCAUUGGAAGUCUCUUUGCUCCCGUGCAGACACCCUGAAGCAGAUGUCAUCCCAGCUUGCUAAUGUGACAUCAGAAGGAAGCCGUCAUGGUGGUGCCCAGUGGCUGUUCAAGAAAGUCAUAGAUGUCUUCACAAAACGAAGCAAGGCAGAGCUGGAGGUUCAUAUCUCAGAAGGUUUAUGGAAGUUGCAGGGGCUGAAAGUUAUUGAGACGAAGGCGUGCAGUAUAUUUUUACUGAACACCGCUCAACAGCUCAACAGCCUCAGGUUCUCAGGUUAA